CACUGAUCAGUGGAAAGAGCCAAUGACAGCUCUGUCAUGUGAUCAGCUGUGUCCAAUCACAGCUGAUGGCAUGUAAAUAAGGAAAUGCCGGACAUUGAUGAUCAGUGCCAUGAUGAUCAGUGCAACCCCAUCAGUGCCACCUGUUAGUGUCCAUCAAUGCCACCUGUCAGUGCCCAUCAAUAACACCUGUCAGUGCCCAUCAGUGCACAUCAAUGCCACAUAUCAGUGCCUACCAGUGCACAUCAAUGCCACAUAUCAGUGCCCAUCUGAGCUGCCUUUCAGUGCCAACUAUCAGUGCCAGUCAGUGCCAGUCAAUGCUGCCUAUGAGUGCUGCCAAUCAGUA